AUGGUGCGCAGCACGUGGUGUCCCUGCACGCACAGCAACGGCAAGCUGCUGUGUGACGCGCUCUCUCUGCUCAACGUCUUUCUGGAGGAACUCCCCGAGGUGCUCUGGGAGCCGCUGCACGCCCACAGAGGGGCAGGGAUGGAUGGUGGGAAGGGGGAUGAUGGGAGAGAAGGGGAAGAGGAGGGAGGAGAGGAGGGGGGUGAGGGGGAGGGGAGUGAGGAGGAGGAGGAGGAUGCGGGGCAGGCGAAGAAGGCUGUUUGGCGGCACUUGAGGCAUCUGCAGCAAGCCGUGUCGCUGUUGGCCAUGGAGCACAAGCCCUCGUGCUCACUAACACACCUGCGCGCGCUCUGCCCGGACCUGAACGCGAACCAGCUGGUGCAUCUGUGCGUGUGGUACCAGGAUGACUGCUACAGCACGCAGGGACUGCCCGCUGCUGUUGUCGACCAGCUGUGGGGGGAGGUGGACGAACGCACAGCCAUGCUGCUGCAGGAGAGCCCCAGGUCGCCUGUGAGCAUAGCGGACAGCACAGAGUGGUUCCCCUUCAUCCACCACGACGCCGCCAACCCGCAGUUCCCCGCCUUCCUGCGCUCGCUGCUGCUCAAGCGUGCCGCCUCCUCCACACGCUCCUCCCUGCACACCCCCGCCAGCAGCACCGACAGCCACCUGCUGCCCCACAGCACCCCGCUUCUGGGCCCCCAUCUAGGGGGUUUGAAAGUGGAGCAGGGAUUCAAGGUGGCAGGGGGAAUCGAGCCAGUCUAA